AUGCUUACAUUCCCCAUUAGAUUGCGGUUAAGAAAAACGGGCAAAGAUGUCGCAAAAAUAGUUGGUAUCAUACUCGUCACAUUGCUAAUAGUCUAUUACUUGAUUAUUCCAUCCAAUCAUCGCCAGCAAAGUGUCAACAUCAACGCCGAUAGCCGGCGAAUCUUUUUCCACGAGACGAGCGGUCGCGGAAACCUCAACUUCCGACAAUGUUGCGCCAUUGAAUCGGUGGCGAAACACAAUCCCGGCAGACCCGUUCAACUUCUCAUCUCUGGUGACCGUCUGGACGAUUCAACAGGCCCCUGGAUGGACAUUCUCAAAGAUCACUACGCUAACGUGGCCGUCUUUUUGGUGGACAACGGAAAUUACUUUAGCGGCUCGCCGUUGCAGUUGUGGUACGAGAAAGGCGAGUGGCGAGACAGUCAAUUCCGGACGGCCCAUCUCUCCGAUUACAUCCGGCUCGUCUCCCUGUACAGACACGGUGGCCUCUACAUGGACCUGGACUACGUCGUGUUGAAGCCGCUGGACGAGAAAUUUUUGCACAAUGUCUUGUUAGUCGAAGGGGCUGACGGGAAACAGUUAAACAACGGCGUCAUGCACUUCGAGCCUGGACAUCGACUCAUCAAGGAACUUAUCCAGUAUCUUGCAGCUGAAUAUGAUCCGGAGGAUUAUUAUUUGCAUGGCCCUACAGCGCUAACCAACGUCUACAUUCGGCUAUGCAGCAACAGCACUGGUCGAAUCAAGGGGAAAUCUUCUGUGUGCCCGGAUGUCAGCCUCUUGUCUUACAAACAUUUCUGUCCCAUAGGUCCACCGUUUUGGCAUUUGUAUUUCGAAGAGGCGUCUCGCCAGUCGCUUUCCAUGAUCAAUUCGAGUUACGGUGUCCAUUUGUGGAAUUUCCUCUCGUCCAACGAGCCCAUCCGGAUGGGAACGCGGCAGCUGUACGCCAUCCUGGCGGCUGAACAUUGCCCAAUCACUACUAACAGAUUCAACCAAUUUAUUGCGACAUAA